CACAACUCACAGACUUAUACAGCUCACGUUAGAGCAAUUGAACAAAAUGUCGAAGAAGGAGGAUAAGCCCGCGGUGGUCCCGGAAGUGGACGACGAUGAACCUGAUGAAUGGGACAAGCGGAUCUUCAGCACCGGUUGCGCAGUCGAGCAGGAUAAAAUGAACGACUGCUAUUUUACGAAGAAGGACUGGAGACUAUGCAAGGACGAGAUGGAAGCAUUUCGCGAGUGCUGGAAGCGCAAGGGCAAUGACCAGCGGACUCAAACAAAGGACGCUUAGGCUCAGAACGAGUCAACCUGAUAUUUAGCCUGUACUAUAGAUGCCAUCAUGCC